GGACCAACUUUCUCUUUUAGGGCAAACACUAAGGUGCCGUAACAAAGGGACAAAAAAAUACAGUAGCUAAAGCAAGAUAAACAUUUUUUCUCAUGUAGCAGUCCAGAGGUAUGCUCCGCUUCAGAAGGUAAUUCAGGGCCCAAGUUCCUUCUAUGUUAUGCUCUACAAUCCCUUAUUUGUUGUCCUUGUUUUCACGAAGAUGGCUUAUCACCAUCACAACUGAGCACUAGCUUAUGUGAAAAGAUAAAGGAGAGAAAUAGAGGGCAAGCAGCUUCUCUUUAAGAAUUUACCUGGCCUAAUAUCUUUGUGGUAUAAAACUUGCGUAACUCUAAUGUCUUUGUGGAACAAAAAUAGUAAAAGAUUUGCAGAAAAGUCACAAUUGAUAACAUUGGAAAAAUCUGACAUUCUGUACAGUGAGCACUUAAUCUCUACUUAAUUAUUAGGUUUCAUUAUGGUAAUUUCUCAUUUGGAUAAGGCUUUACUUUUUCCGUCCUCUCUGAUCCUAACAUUUAAUUUAGGUUCUCAGCCAUAUUCCAAGUGGAAAUCAGAGAGAUACUGACAUGUAGCAUUUACCUUACAAUAUUGAAGCUUACACAUUUUACUGAUGCCCAGUCUUAGUAUUCACAGUAACUUUAACAUACACAGACACACACACACACACACGAAUCUAUUAAUGAAAACCGAAUCUGUAAUCCAGAGCUACUUAACAUUUUUAAAGAGAUACCUCCUGAUAAAGACAGUUUGGUCUAAAAGAUACUUUUGGUGUUUCUUAGGUCAUACAAUUUUCCCGUUCUACCUGAGCAAAGCUACCAAAUGAACUGUACCAAGAAGCAUUUUAUCCAUUCUUUAGAGUCCCUUCAUCUCUCAUAAAUUCCCUUUUCUUCUGGACUCGAAGUUGGUCACCUAGAUCAGGCUCUGAGGAUCUGGUUGCUAGGAGACCAGACGCUAGGAGGGUGGGGACGCUGCACUGCGACAAGCCGGGAGUGAAAGCUAGAGGCGAAGGGGACGGCGCCCGCCCCGCAAGGCCGCAGUCCUCCGCUGCCGCCGGUCCCGCUCCCUCCUGCCCGGCUGCAGCUCCUCGCUCAUUGGCUCUGCUGCUGUGGCGCUGGCCUGCGAUUGGUCGGGCGGCCUCGGCCCGGCGCUCGCCCGCCCCUCGGCGCUAGUCCCGGGCCGCCGCCUGGGAGCGGGUGGGGUCGGCGUGUGAGGGCGUCACGGUCGGGGUAGCUGGCUGGGUCGCGGCUGCUUCAUGGCGGGAGCGCGGGCGGUGCCGGCCGCUACAGGUGACAGAGGCGCAGCAGGGGCCGCCGCGGCCCUGUAGAGGGGAGGAAAUUGAGGCACAGAGAUAAACUAAUCUGAAUUAGAUGAUACCUUAAGUGGUAGAAACGGUUACAAAUUUGAACAGUCUGGCUCCAGAGUCUACACUCUUAACCAUUACACCAUACUGGCCCUUCAACAAGUUCCAAAAGAUGAGUCGUGGAUAUUCAGAAAACAACAAUUUCGUGAACAAUAAUAACCAAAUGGUGUUGGACAUGAUCCUUUAUCCAUUACUUGGAAUCCCUCAGACCAUCAACUGGGAAACAGUAGCAAGGCUCGUGCCAGGAUUAACACCCAAAGAGUGUGCAAAAAGGUUUGAUGAACUGAAGAGCAGUGGAAGCUCACCUGUUGACAAUCAGUAUAAUCCCCUAAUGGCUGCUGGAGAGAGUCCUGUUGAAACUUUAGCCACAUAUAUCAAAUCAUCGCUUCUUGACACACAGGGAGAAUUUCAGGAGACUCCAAUUGGUCAGGAUGCAGUUUCCAAAACAGGAAAACAUAGUAUAGCUUCCACAAGGAAUUGUUCUUCAGAAAGUGAAAAUUGUACUACUCGUAAUGGUGGAGAAAAGACUGAAGAAUCUGAAGGGCCAAACAUGGUGAUCCAUGUAUGUGAUGAAGCAAAAAACUUGAAAGAAGAUUUUAUUUGCCCACGAGAUCUUUUGAUAUCAGAAAUGAAGUACUUUGCUGAAUAUUUAUCUAUGGAUGCCCAGCGCUGGGAAGAGGUGGACAUUUCAGUUCAUUGUGACGUUCACAUUUUCAACUGGUUGAUAAAAUAUGUUAAAAGGAACACUAAGGAGAAUAAAGAUUGUGAGAUGCCCACUUUAGAGCCAGGAAAUGUCAUUUCAAUUCUUAUUUCAUCAGAGUUUUUGAAAAUGGAUUCCUUAGUUGAACAAUGUAUUCAGUAUUGCCACAAAAAUAUGAAUGCCAUAGUAGCUACCCCAUGCAACAUGAACUGUAUUAAUGCAAAUCUUCUUACACGUAUAGCUGAUCUGUUCACACACAAUGAAGUUGAUGAUUUAAAGGACAAAAAAGAUAAAUUUAGAAGUAAACUUUUUUGUAAGAAGAUUGAGAGACUGUUUGAUCCUGAGUAUUUGAAUCCAGAUUCUCGGAGUAAUGCAGCAACAUUGUAUAGAUGCUGUUUGUGUAAGAAACUUUUAACAAAAGAAACAGAAAGAAGAAUUCCUUGUAUUCCUGGAAAAAUCAAUGUGGAUCGACAUGGAAAUAUUAUCUAUAUUCACAUAAGAGAUAAGACUUGGGAUGUUCAUGAGUAUUUGAAUAGUCUUUUUGAAGAAUUAAAAUCUUGGAGAGAUGUAUAUUGGCGCUUGUGGGGAACGAUCAACUGGCUGACUUGUUCAAGAUGUUAUCAGGCAUUUCUCUGUGUUGAAUUUUCGCAUUGUCAAUACCAUUCAGAAACAGUGAUUUAUCCUGCUGCAGCAAGUUUAUUGAGUACUGUUGGCACUGGAAUUUAUCCCUGCUGUAACCAAAAGGUUCUUCGGUUUGAUCCCACUCAGCUUACAAAGGGCUGUAAAGUGAGAGACCAUGUGGCUGCAUUUCGUGAUCAAGGUGAAGGUGAUUUGCUGUCCUGUCCGACUACUAGAAUACUGGAUGAUCUGCAUAAGCACAAAGAUGUUAUUGCUGUGCCCUUUUCAAAAGAUACAGUUAGUGAUCUUGGGGUUGGUCCUUGUGAUGAAAAGGUUCUAGAAUGUGAUGUUUUACUGGAGCCAAAUACACCAUGGGGCCCCAAAACUGGGGAGCUCAAUGCUUUCUUGUCACUGAAAAACUGGACUCUGCAGCUGGUAAGUGAGCAAUUAUAUUCAGCUUUCAUGGAUCUUUUUCUUCCUAAAUUAAAGUUUAGUUUAAUGGAAUCCUACCAGUAUGCUAUUUUAAAACUUUUAGUUAAAUCUUUUAACAUUGACCUUACAUUAUCAGGGAAAAAGGAGAAGCCAAAGAAGUUCACUAAACAGCCAAAAAAGCAGAUGUCUUCACCCUGUGCUCAGAAGAAAGAAAAGGCAUUGGAGAAGUCAGCUUCUAGAGAUGUGUCUCCUUUCGUUGUGAGUAUGCAGAAGAAUAAGUGGGAUGCUACGAGAUCCUUGAGAUUCAACCAGGAUGCACAAAGAGAAGAUGAUCAGCGGCGAAUGUCUGAAAUUACAGGGCACCUAAUAAAAAUGAGAUUGGGUGAUCUGGACAGAGUCAAAUCAAAGGAAGCAAAAGAAUUCGCAGGAGGCAUUUAUUCCCGACUUGAAGCACAAAUCAAGGCCUCGGUGCCAGUUAGUGCACGGCAAAGCAGCUCAGAGAAAAACACAAGGUCUAAAAGUCGUUUUGGUCAAGGACGUCCUGCAUAAAGCACCUUUAAAUAAAACUAAAAAGACAGAAGGCACACUCCUGGAUAUCUGAAAUCACUCACUUCUUGAAGAUCUUCAGAACGAUGACUUUUAAAAGUUUUAAUAUUUUAAGUUAUUGAUUAUUCUUGCAAGCCACAUAAAUCAUAGUGCUAAGAGAAAUAUAUAGUUAGGUUUUAUGAAAAUCUAAUUGUAAAUAUGAAACUUCUUAAAUCUAAUUUUCUUUUAGUUAUGAUUCUAGGCUAUGUAAAAAACAAUUAUUUACAAAUUUGCAUAGUUAAGACUCCCAAUAUUUGUUUUCCUUUUUUAUUGGAAAAAGAAGAGGCUUAAACUGUCAAGUAAUUAAGUUUUUUUAAAGACCUCAAAAAUUUAGAGGAAGACAAAUGGUAGUGUUAUCCUGCAUGUGCAGUGAUCGGGGUAGGAUGUUGUUUGGAUUGUAAGUGUUGGGGUAGCAUUGAAAACUACGGUUUGUAUGAUGAAAUUUCCAAUGAUGCUAAUUUUAAGUUUGCAUGAAUAUUAAGGAGUGACAGAUCUCAAGACUGCAUUAAAUAAAGUUUCAAGGUGAGGUAUUUCAA